GCCCCACCCAGGCUCUCAACUGACUCAUCCUCUCAGCCUACUACUGGCCGGGCAAGGGCUUGGUGCCCUGGAGCCUGGCAGGCUGUGGACGGCAUAUAUAAAAGCACGCUCUUCCAGUUGAGGUGUGUUACCUGUCACUGUCUGCUGCUUCGAGAUGCUGGGAGGCUUGGGGAAGCUGGCGGCCGAGGGCCUGGCCCACCGCACUGAGAAAGCCACUGAGGGAGCAGUUCAUGCAGUGGAGGAGGUGGUGACUGAGGUGGUGGGCCAUGCCAAGGAGGCUGGAGAGAAGGCCCUCGCUGACGCCCUAAAGAGAGCCCAAGAAUCAGGGGACAGGGUGGUGAAGGACAUCACUGAGAAGGUCACCCACACCAUCACUGACGCUGUUUCCCAUGCCGCAGAAGGCCUGGGAAACCUGGGCCAGUGAAUCCACCUAUCAGCAUGGCUGGCCCCUCCUGAAGGUCAAUAAAACGUGUGAACAGA